UGAGCAGUGUCAGUAUUUCAGUGAUUGCUAAUACAAGUGCUAAUCUUAAAGUUCCUCGAAUUACCUGUGCUUGUACCAGAUAAAACCUCUCAAAAUGAAAUUCACAUCAGCAUUUUUCCUCUUUGCCUUCGUCACAAUUGCCACAGCCAUCACUGAGGAGCAGAAGAAGAAGGCCCAGGAACAUAUGCAAGCAUGCAGUCAAGAAAUUGGUGUUUCUGCCGAUAAGGUGGCCAAUAUCAGGAAGGGUGACUUUUCGAAUUCCGAUGAAAAGACUCAAUGCUUCGUAGACUGCUUCUUCAAAAAGGUCGGCUUCAUGAAUGGCGAUGGUGCUUUCCAGGAGAAAGUUGCCAUUGAAAAGCUGUCUCAGGGUGAUACUGAUCGCAGCAAAGUCGAGCAGGUGGUCAACAAAUGCAAAGGUGAGAAAGGUGCUGGAAAGUGCGAGACAGCCUACAAAAUCUACAAGUGCUCCUACGAAGCUCGAGCUGAGCUUUUGUAAAACCCACCACCUACCUAACUUUACGGCGAUUGAAGAGCGAAAAUGUUACUGUUUUCAAUAAAAAAGUUCAUUGAUUGAUA